AUGGUUAGCCUCUCUACUCCUGUUGUUAACGUUGACUGCCUUGGUGUGAGUGUGAAGACGCUCGAGGUCAGAGGCAACCUUGUGGUCUUCGGUCGAGGUGGUUCUAAGAGUAACGAUCACGGAAGGAAGUACUGGCAUUAUAAUUCUGCAGAGAUUAAGGUCAGUAGAUUUCACAUUCUGGAACACUUCAUUAGUGGCCAUGAUUUCAUUCAUCUCGCAGCGGACUUUUUCAAGCUGCUCCAUGAUCCUCAGACGAUGAUCCGGGAAAUCAUGGUGCUCUGGAUUAUGGAGACGACCUGGGUAGUGCCUCAGACUGUUGACAUGACCUCCGUAGACUCUGAUCCAGAUAUCGUGAACUAG